GGCUGCUCGCCGGGCGCGCCAGUCAGUCAGCCGCAGUCGGUGCGUCUGUUUGUUCCUCCGUUAGUCCGACAGCAGUAGAGGAGUGGCAGCACGAGUGCGUCCGGAUGGUCUACGACUAGAGCCAUGACCGUGGACAACUCGCUGCGGCGCAACCCGAUCACCUCGAGCAGCAGCAGCAACAGUAGCGUCAGCAGCAGAGCCGACAAGCCGGACACCGUGGCGUCCGUGAGUAAGGACAAGGCCAGGAACGGCCAGCAGGACGCGUGCAGCUCGGACGACGAGGCCGAGCAGGUGUCGCCGUCCGCCGCCGACCUGCACCACCAGACCAGCACGAGCAGCAGCAAGUCGAGCAAGUUCAUGAUCACCGACAUCCUGUCCGGCCGGCGUCCUGACCCGGACGCCGUCCACCACCACCACCACCACCCGCUGUUCGCCCACCCGAUGGACCUGCAGCCGCAGAACCUGUCCGUCCGCUUCCGCGGCGGUGGCGGCGCCAACGCCGGUUCUGCCGCCGAUCAGGCCCUGCUGCACCACCGCCUCAUGGCCGCCGGGGGCCCUGGGGGCUUGCUGCUGCCCCCGCCGCCCCUGCACCUCUUCUCACCGCUGCACCCGGCCGCCCUGUCCGUUCACCGGCCCGCCGGCCUCAGCCCUGGCGGCAGCAACAGUCCCGCCCCCUCGGACCACAGCUCUGGCGAAGACACCGGACACGACACGGACAGCGGUCUCCCUGGCGAGAACUCGUCCGUCUGCUCCAACGGCCACCCGACCGAGGAGGGCUCCGGAGGUCACCACGGUGGCGGGCUGACCAAGAAACAACGCAAAGCCCGCACCGCCUUCACCGACCACCAGCUGCAGACGCUGGAGAAGAGUUUCGAGCGGCAAAAAUACCUCAGUGUACAAGAUAGAAUGGAGCUGGCGGCAAAACUGAGCCUCUCGGACACCCAAGUCAAAACUUGGUACCAAAACAGACGGACCAAGUGGAAAAGACAGACGGCGGUGGGUCUGGAGCUGCUGGCGGAAGCUGGCAAUUACGCCGCCUUCCAGAGAAUGUACGGCGCGCCUCCGUACUGUGCAUGGCCAUAUCCUCCGCCCCCGCCCCCGGGGCCCAGCCCCAUGGCGCUGACCACCGCUGCUUCCAGGUCGGCGAGCGUCACACCACCCUCAAGUGCCAGUGCUUCUUCGAGUGGCGGCUCUCCCGGGGCGCCGUCCGUGGUCGAUCUCUACUACCGGCAGGCGGCCGCGGCGGCGGCGGCGGCCGUCACGCUGCAAAAGCCCUUACCAUAUCGCUUGUACCCCAGCGCCAUCGGCAGCACAGGAAAUGCAGCAGGGGGACAUGCACAUCACCCUCAAUUAGUGGCACCAUUAGCAUUAAGCUCAUUAGCCGCUUCCACGUCGCUCAGUUCGCUCUCCAGUUACUACAACUCGGCGGCAGCGGCGGCGGCGGUGGCGGCGCGGGAACCGGGCCGGGAGCGGGAGCCGCCUCCGACCGCCUCCAGCGCCCGCAGCAGCAACGGCGGCGACUCGCGGCCCGGAUCUCCCGGUGGCGCUUGAACGUUAUUUUUAUUAUUCCUAUGAAAAUGCAUGUCCGACGCCGAUUCAGCGAUUUUGGGAACACAAUCGAUUCCACAUUCUUGACGCGGCGUGUUCGGCAAGCACGUUUUGGCGGUGCUCGACAUUUCUGCGCCUCUGGUGAACGAAUCUGAGCCUGUGAAGGAGAUCUGGGGUUUUAGCAGCAAAGUCUUCGUCAGUUUUUUUUUUAAAUUAUUUUCCAGUUUGAGAUCCAAUUUUUUGAUCUUACGGUAAGAUUUUCUUUAGUCCUUCCUGUUAUUACACACCUUGUUAAUAAUUCAGCCAAUUAUAAGGAAUCGAUUAUGUUCCCACUACCCUGAACAAAUUUAUCGUUUUGUUGGUCGCUGAGAAGAAAUGAGACAUUUUUUACGGACGACAAAAGGCGAAAAUGUAUACGUUUUUGUUUUGUUUAGAAAGUCUUUGGCAGUCAAAGUAGACGAGUGGUCGGCGGCCUGGGAAAUCGAAAUAGUUUUUUUUUAGCAGAAUUAAAAAACCAUUUGGAAGUUAAUGGCGUUUCUCAUCAUUUCCGGCGCUCCAAAUUACGCGAGAUUUCCCCGUCCGCCGCUCAAUGUUCUCUCGUUUUUGUUUUGCAAUUUUGUGAUAAAUCUCCGCGAUUGCUUAUAUCUUAUUGAAAAGGUACACAGGUAUACAACAACGUUGGCUGAGGCUGGCUAUGAAAAACGUGUGUGAAUAUUUUGUAAAUUAACAAGAACAAACCGCAGUGAGAUUUAGUUUUCCUUGUUUGAAUUAAGAAAACAGCACUUAAUUUAUAAAAUGCAUGAUAUAAAAUACAAAUUGUUACACACUACUUCAUUGAUGGACGUGAAAGUGUCAUAAUUAUGAAUGUAUGUAAUUGUACGUACGCAUCUCGAUUUUACAUUGUAAACAUUUAUGCUUUAUUUUCUUUCUCAACUCUCGAUGAUUAUAGUCCGAUACUCAGCGCGUGCGGCUGCUUCAAGAAUUAAAACUAUAGAGUAAAACAGCGAAAGGAAAAUAAAUAUUUUUAUCUACAAACUCUUUGCAUGCAUUGAAAUAUUACAUAGUAAACAUGUACACUCAACGGAUCACUCUCGUUAUUAUACAAAGCCCGAUCCGCCGAGUUUCGAGAAAUGCAAAAUACCUCAAAGAUAUAGCUGGUUAAAUUGUUUAAAGUAAUUAUUUGAACGGUGCGCGAUUCAUAUUUUUCUAUAAAAUUAUUAACUAAAGCGAGACGAAGGAGAUGAAAAGUCGAAAGAGUUUGUAAAGCAACACCUGCCGGGCGGUCUCGAUUCCUAAUAACUAAUUAAUUGUCGCUGGGACAUCUGCCGGUACCCAUCAAACCAAAUUCAAAUUACAUUCUAUCCUACGCUAGCAAUUUGCCAUUACAAAAGUCAUUAUAUGUACGAUCCACUCUGGUUAUGUAUAGUUUGUAUUAAGAGCUCUUUCGGUUCGAGAAAAAUUCAGUUUGUUUCGCCUCUGUAGCGACAAAAGAUGUGUGUAUAAUGUGAAUAAAACUAUUGACAACUGCUGAAAAUAAUAAAAAAUGGUAUAAACAUAUAUCUCUAUAACUGUA